AUGAUCACUUCGGUGACCAUCAAUUCUUUGAUUACCUUCCCUUAUGCAGAUUUUCUCCGAGUGGGAAGAUAUUUGAGAAGGACUGUCUUUACUGUGUCGCAAACACUAAUCAUGUUGUGGUGGUCAGAUAGUCAACCAGCUGGACUUCACACGAUUCUGCCCAGUCCGGAGUUCUGCCACCGCUGGUUUGCGUUCGCAUCUUGGAGCAAUCAAUUGUCCGGGACUCUUACUUGCAAUUUCGUGCGAAAUGUUCGCAUUUUAAAAAAAUACCCCCUCAUGUUACAUGGAAACAACGAUGCUCUUAGAAGUGGAAAACAACCCAUCACCAAUGGGAAUCAUAACUAUCCUGAUAUCGAAAGGCCCGCAGUACUUCGUCAGAUUCAGGAGGUGUUGAAACUGAUUUUGGAGCUGGAAUCCCAUUGUAUGCAAGAUGGUCCUCAUUUGCAUUAUUCUGAUCACCAAAAACGUGUCCACAGAAACUCUACGGAAACUCUAUGUUUUUACAGAAUCAAAAGUAUGUGGCAAGAAAGCACCUUCCGUUUCAAACGAGUGGACUGGAAUACAACGGGUAAUACCUACAAUCUCAGUGACUGUCGGAAAAGCGUAGAAUAUAUUCCAACCUGUGGCAUGGACGAAGCCAGUAAACUCACGGCAUUUCAUUUGCAUUCUUCGUUCAAAUACAAUCCCUAUUUGUAUUACUAG